ACAGUGAAGGUAGUCCCACGUGGAUGCUUAGGUCCGUGCAAGCUUCCCCUCGAUUCACAGUGACCUCCUCUCAGUUCAGACUUACAGCAGGAGAAGAAGGAGCUGAUUUGUGCGUUGCGGGACUAAACCUCUCUGAUCAAUCUCUGAAGCUGCAGACUGAACCUCAUGGCUGUCGUCAGGUUCUACAGUCCUGAAGCUGUGAAGGGGCGGAGCUUACAGAGGGUGGAUAAGCUCCACCCCCAGCUGUCAAUCCUCUCUGAGCUGUGCUACAAUGUAGAGCUGACAGGCUGUGAGGUUCUGAGUCCUGAACAGAAGCUGGUAAUGCUUUGGCUGUUGCGGCGCCCCCUGCAGGCCGAGCCGCUGUCUGAGGAACCAAACUUGACGGAGCGGGAGGGGGGGACUCUGGUGGAGAUUGGGCCCAGGUUGAACUUCUCGACUGCCUGGUCCACAAACACCGUCUCCAUCUGCCACAGCGUUGGCCUUGAUUACAUCACAAGAGUUGAGCUGUCCCGCAGGUUUCUCAUCAAGACAAGGGACGGGUCAAGUUUGAGCGAUGAAGACGUGAAGAAGCUGACUGAGUGUCUCUAUGACAACAUGACAGAAUGUAUCUACAAACAUCCCAUAACCUCCUUUGCCGUGGAAACCAAACCUCAGCAGGUGUUUGAGGUGAACAUCGUCGGGCGGGGCCGAGCGGCGCUGGAGGAGGCAAACGACCAGCUUGGUUUGGCCUUUGACCAAUGGGAUCUGGACUUCUACACCUCGAUGUUCCAGAAGAUUCAGAGAAACCCGACAAGCGUUGAGUGCUUCGACCUCGCCCAGUCCAACAGUGAGCACAGUCGUCACUGGUUCUUCAGAGGUGUGAUGGAGGUCGAUGGCAAGGAGCAGCAGGAUACGCUGUUCAGCCUCAUCAUGGAAACACAACGACACAGCAACGACAACAACGUCAUCAAGUUCAGCGACAACAGCAGCGGUAUCCGCGGAGUGGAGCUGGAGUUUGUUUAUCCUGAGGAUCCUUCUCAAGCGAGUCCGUAUGAGACUCGGACCUCACAGAGACACGUCAUCUUCACUGCAGAGACACACAACUUCCCGACAGGUGUGGCCCCGUUCAGCGGAGCGACCACAGGGACAGGAGGUCGUAUCCGAGACGUGCAGAGUGCAGGGAGGGGGGGACACGUCAUCGCUGGAACAGCAGGAUACUGCUUUGGAAACUUGCACAUCCCAGGUUAUGUCCUCCCCUGGGAGUCAGAGGGGGAUGGAUGGGACUACCCCCCCAGCUUUGCUCCGCCCCUGCAGGUAGCCGUCGAGGCUAGUAAUGGAGCCUCGGAUUACGGCAACAAGUUUGGAGAACCUGUUCUGUCAGGUUUUGCUCGUUCUUUUGGUAUGCGGCUGCCUAACGGGGAGCGGCGAGAGUGGAUCAAACCAAUCAUGUUCAGUGGCGGUCUCGGUUCCAUUGAAGACACUGAUGUAAAGAAGGAGGCCGCAGAGAUUGGAAUGGAGGUGGUGAAGAUCGGAGGGCCAGUGUACCGGAUUGGCGUUGGGGGAGGGGCAGCGUCCUCUGUGCAGGUCCAGGGAGAUAACUCAAGUGACAAAGACCUGGGGGCGGUGCAGAGAGGAGACGCAGAGAUGGAGCAGAAGAUGAAUCGCGCUCUCAGGGCAUGUCUCGAAAGGAGAGGCGGGAACCCGAUCUGCAGCAUCCAUGACCAGGGGGCGGGAGGAAACGGUAACGUGCUAAAGGAGCUCAGUGAGCCUGCAGGAGCUGUGAUUUACUGCAGCAGAUUCAAGAAAGGAGACCCCACCCUGAGUGUGCUGGAGCUGUGGGGGGCGGAGUAUCAGGAGAGCAACGCUCUUUUGCUUCGCCCAUCGGAUCGAUGCUUUCUGGAGCGUGUCUGUCAGAGAGAGAAGUGUCCUGUUGACUUUGUAGGAAACAUCAGUGGAGACGGAAAGAUCGUUCUGGUGGAUGAUGAGAGGUGCAGUGAUGAUGCAGUAGACAAGGGGCGCUGUCCUGUAGACCUGCAGCUGGACUGGGUUUUGGGGAAGAUGCCUCAGAAACGGUUUGAGUUGCAGCGUUCGACCCCCGUCCUCAAGCCACUUGUACUUCCUUCUGGUCUGACUGUCAGAGACGCUUUGGAGCGAGUCCUCCGCCUGCCCACUGUGGCGUCUAAACGUUAUCUGACCAACAAGGUGGACCGGUCUGUGACAGGGCUGGUUGCCCAGCAACAAUGUGUGGGUCCUCUUCACACCCCGUUGGCAGAUGUUGCUGUGGUUGCUCUGUCACCUUUCAGCCUUAAGGGUGCAGCGACUUCCAUUGGGGAGCAACCAAUCAAAGGGCUGCUGUGUCCUGCUGCAGGGGCUCGCAUGUCUGUGGGAGAGGCUCUUACCAAUCUGGUCUUUGCCAGAAUCACAGCUCUGAAGGAUGUGAAGUGCAGCGGUAACUGGAUGUGGGCGGCUAAGCUGCCAGGUGAAGGGGCAUGUCUUUGGGAUGCCUGUAAAGCCAUGUGUGAGGUCAUGAGUCAGCUGGGCGUUGCCAUCGACGGUGGGAAAGACUCUCUGAGUAUGGCAGCCCGUGUCGGCAGUGAGACAGUCAAAGCUCCAGGUGCUCUUGUUAUAUCAGCUUACGCUGUUUGUCCUGACAUCACAGCCACGGUCACACCUGACCUCGAGAACCCGGAUGGACAAGGCGUGUUGCUGUGGGUCCCACUAAGUCCCGGUCUAAUGCGGUUGGGAGGUUCUGCUCUGGCUCAGGUCUUUGGUCAGCUUGGGGACGUCUGUCCUGAUCUGGAUCAGCCGGAACUGUUGACCUCCUGUUUCACCACCAUGCAGUCGCUGAUUCAAGAACGUCUUCUGAGCGCAGGACAUGACAUCAGCGAUGGAGGACUCAUAUCCUGUAUGCUGGAGAUGGCGUUUGCAGGAAACCGAGGGAUUGACGUGGAGCUGAUGUCAGAUGGAGCCGAAGUGAUGGAGCUGCUGUUCAGCGAGGAGCUUGGAUUGGUACUCGAGGUUUCUCAUCAACACGUUCAGACCGUGUGUCAAAGAUUCACUGAUGGUGGUCUUCAAUGUCAUCGUGUCGGCAGAACCGUUGGCUUUGGGCCACAAGCUGAGGUCAGAGUCCGUGUGGACGGACAAGAGGUGCUGAGAGCGUCUCUACCUGAGCUCCGAGGAUUGUGGGAGGAGACCAGUUUCCAGCUGGAGUGCCUUCAGGCCAAUGAGACGUGUGUAAGACAAGAAGAGGCAGGGCUAGCCAAGAGGACAGAACCCUUCUUCAAACUGACCUAUGACCCCUCAGAAACACCCAUCAUCAGGGAGCCAAGUGUUCUUCCUCGUGUCGCGGUGAUCAGAGAGGAAGGAAGCAAUGGAGACAGAGAGAUGUCUGUGUCUCUGCACAUGGCCGGCUUUCAGGUUUGGGAUGUUACCAUGCAGGAUGUGUGUUCUGGUUCUGUGACUUUGGACCCUUUCAAAGCAAUCGUGUUUGUUGGAGGAUUCAGCUACGCGGACGUGCUGGGGUCUGCUAAAGGUUGGGCAGCAGCUGUUGCUUUUAACUCCAAGGCGAAGGCGGAGUUUGAAGGUUUCCGUCGUCGUGACGACACUCUGAGUCUGGGCGUGUGCAAUGGCUGCCAGCUGCUCGCCCUUCUGGGCUGGGUGGGUGAGAAAGAUGAGGGAGCAGGCGGUGACGUUGUUCUGACACACAAUCAGUCUGGAAGGUUUGAGUCCCGCUUCGUGAGUGUCGGGAUCCAGGAGUCCCCGUCAGUCUGGCUCAGAGGCAUGCAGGGCGCUGCUCUGGGAGUCUGGGUUGCACACGGAGAAGGUCUGAUGCUGUUCCGGGACUCCCAGGCUCAGGACCGGAUUACGUCAGGUGGGCUGGCCCCCCUUCGUUACCUUGAUGACCAGGGUCUGCCCACUGAGGAAUAUCCUCUGAACCCUAACGGCUCCCCUGGGGGUGUGGCUGGGCUCUGCUCCCAGGACGGCAGACACCUGGCCAUGAUGCCGCACCCAGAGCGCUGCACCCUGAGCUGGCAGUGGCCUUGGGCUCCCAGGGGCCUCAGAGCGUCCCUCACACCUUCACCAUGGUUACGCAUGUUUGAGAACGCAGCUGCCUGGUGCAGAAACUCACCAUGAGAGUUUGUGUGUUUGUUACUGAAGUUUAUAACACUUGUCUACUGAUGUCAUACAACUAAACUGUCACUAUGUUCUUUUACUUAUUAGUGCUGUAUGUAUGUAUGUAGUAUUAUUUUAGUACUGUGUAUAGAAUAAUACUAGUGCUGUGUUUAGUAUUAUCGUUGUACUGUGUGUAGUAAUAUUGUUGUAUAAAUCAAUCAUAGAAAACAUACUUUGUGAUAAAUUGGUGAUAUAUAAACACAAAAGUAAAUAAAUAUGUUUAACAAAUA